AUGCUCUCCUUCAACCCCCCAGCAGUCUACCAAACAACCAAGUGUUACGUAACCCACGGGGUUAUGGGCCAUCUCGAUCCAGCUCAGCCACCAAUGAAGAGCAAACCCUGGAUAUCACUGGCCAGCCAAGAUUUUAUUCGUAGGGUUGACUUGGUGGUUCCUCAGAAUGUCUUCUCUGACGUCGUCUGGGAUAAGCUGGUCAAAGACCGGCCAGCCCCAGACUUCAAAAGGGUCAUUAUGUCCCUUCACGAUGUCUUAACGGGAGACUUUUUCUCUGGCUACAUCAAAUCAGGCAAUGCGCUAAUGCUCUCCGAGGGUCGAAGAGGUAUCGACAAUGUCUUCUAUGUGCAGAGUGGCCAAUUGACCAUGCUCCUGGACAAGGAGCACUACGAGCGGGCAGGGCUGGUCGGCAAGCCUCAUGGCGCCAAAGGAAAGCGUGUUGUCGAGUUCGACCUUACAAGCCCCUCAAUGAUACCUGGGAAGAAGGGGUUUGACCGAUUGAUCUAUGCGACAAAAAAUGUCUUCUCUACGCCAGUAACAUGGCUCGUUUGCAAUCUAUCAUCGGCCCCCAGUCCCGACCCUCUUUCGCCUUAUCUCCCCGUUACUUACACGGCCGAGCCCAGCGUCGUGGACAAUGGCCAGAUUAAUAUCCCUAACUUCUCACCACCAGUUGACUCAAAAGAGGAUUUCAAAGACUUUUCCACUGAGAUAUAUGAGUGGCUAUCUCUCGUACGACUCCAGAGUCCUCGAGUCCAGCGUGGCGACCAAAUUGACCCAUAUCUUUCCCGAUACCGGUUACCUGAGGGCUCUGAGCCCAACAACCUCUGCACUAUCACUUGGCAGGGCUUCAUUUCACCGGCUUGGUGCCGAAAAACUCUCCUAGAUAUCGUUGACACUCUCCCACCCAAAGGUUGGUUUGCAUUCAGCACAACCACCUUCUCUAAAGGUCUUGUCGGGGAUAAUACCGAGUGUACCAUCCUCCGACUUCCCAACUCAUCUGGCGAAUAUCUCAUGUGGGAGGUUGAGGCACAUGAGUAA